AUGAGAGAUUUUAGAAAUGAAGUAAGAGAAAUCGAUAAUGCUAUUCAGUCCGACACACCUACAAGCCUUCGUUUCAACAGCUCGGAUUUUGGAGAAGGAGAAACACCAAGCUCAGAAGAACCAAGAUCUCCCUAUUUGUAUCAUUCUACAUCAACGCCAUUGUGCUCUGGAGAACCUAGCCUUAAAGCUAACAAGUUAAACACAGAAGCACUACCGUUACCUUCUUCUACUUUUAGACGAGGGGUAUUGGAAGACGAUAAAUCCAGGAACAAAAUUCACUCCACGACCAAUAUUUUCGAAAAGACCAACGACAAAGAACAAACACCUUCUAUUUCACCAAUCAUUCAUAACUCAAGAAUGUCACAAGCAUCUUCUCCAAUCAUUACUUUUUCAACAUCUGAAAAGUCAAGAAUGAGUGACACAGACACUAGGGACAGGAAUUUAUUUUCUCCUUCUCAAACUUUUUUGAAUGUGCAAGAAACUUCAUCAAAGCCAUCUAAUAUUCUUAAAACUAACCCUCUCUCCUUUCAUCCUCAACAAACAUCCUCUGAAAUGAUACUUCGGCUGGAAAACAUUCAACUUCGGGAAGAAAUUUCAAAAUUACAAUCCACUGUGACCGCGUUGCAAACCAGGAUGGAUGGUAUGGAAAAGAAUAUGAAACAAUUGUUUGAUUUUCUCAUGCAGACAACCAUGAACAAAUAA